AUGGAAUCGACACACACCUUGGAAGACGGCACGGUCGAACUAAGCCCUUGCACCGGCACUGCAUUCAAGCUGAACAAAGGCCAACGUCUGACAGUCAUCGAUCCCAAAGGAGUGCAAGUAGCAGACCUUGUCGCCUACAACAGUCAUGACACCAAAGAGGUCAUUUCCAAUGGAAGAACAUUGGACUAUGCCAGCCGGCUGUUCCUCAGCACGGGUGACCCCAUCUACUCCAAUCGCAGCCGGGUCAUGCUGAACAUCGUCGACGAUACCUGCAAACGGCACGACUUCCUUUUGACGCCCUGCUCCCAAGACACCUUCCGCAUCAUCUACAACGACCAAAACCCGGCGCCUGGAUGUUUUGGAAACCUCGCCCAUUGUUUURAGAAGUUUGGCAUCACGGAAGAUCAGAUCCCUUGCGCUUUCAACUGCUUUAUGAAUGUUGUGAUUGAUGGGACGACUGGAGAGCUCAAGGUUGAUCCUCCCACAUCGAAAGCGGGAGACCACAUUGACUUUGUUGCCGAGAUGGAUCUGAUCAUUGGUUUGACGGCUUGUUCAGCCCUGCAAUCCAAUGGAGGGUCUUUCAAGCCGAUUCAGUAUCGCAUCAGUGAUGGAGGUGUUCGUUUGUCGACGGAGCAAGCGUGA